UGAAGGUCGCAGGAGUUCUGUACAUUACUAUCACCUAGUACUUCAUCAUGAGAAUACAAGAUGAGCCGUGCUGUGACAUUUUCAAUUUUGAUCAUUUUGAACCUCGUAGUGGAAGCUUUUUUCAGGAGCUCAGCGGCGGUAAAGCUUCGCGGCAAGCACGAGACGGACUUGGAAGCGAACUCACCGACCCAUCUUUCAUAUUUGCGAAACAAGAAGCUCACCACAUCUACUUCUACCAAACGCACCAAAGCUAGCCUCGCGUCGUCCCGUUCCAACUACUUUCUUAAAUGGGCCAGGAAGCGGCAGAAGCACCUCCGGCGGGCGAACCGCGCGGAACAGAGUGUUUUGUUGGCAGCGUCGCGGAGUUCUCUCCUGUCGGGGGCCAGUUCCUCGAACAAGAGCGUGCGACGCAUGUUGAAGAAGGAUUACAAGAAAGCGCAAGAACGAGUAGCGCGCCGUCAGCGGCAACCGGAAGAUGCGGAACAACACCAAACUGCUGGAUCCAGUACAACAACAGCGGGUCAACAUUGGGAUUGUCAUUUGACCUCUUUGGAAAGAGCCCAUUCAUCGGGCACGAACUUCUUCUCGAGCUGCGCUAGCGGGACUACAUCGUCGUCGGAUUUACUGUCUUCUUCGAGGGGAUCGGGCUCGCUGACUGCGUCCUUCACGGCGAAUACUUGUGGCGGGGUCGUACAGCAAAUCGGCCUGACCGCGAGCUUCGGCAGUCAGGGUGGUGGCACUGCAGGUGCUGGGGCAAAUGGUUGUAGCGGGUUCGAGCAGUUUGCCAACCGUUUGCAAUUCGCAUUCAACUUUCCGCAGCCGAAGAUCGCAGAUCAUGGGGACUACGGCAGUCGAGCGAGUUGUGUGGCGAGAAAUCAGCAGCUUCUUUUCCAUCAGUGUAGUCGUGUUUCUGCAUCACAACUCCCAGCAACGCUGCCAACGUCGAACUUUGUUCCUGCAGCAUCGUCCUCGUGCUUGCGCUUACCUCUGGAGCAAGAUGGCCACCACGCUUUGGAUGAUGAGAGGAAUAAAGACGAGGAGGAACAGCAACAAGUAGAGGACGGCUAUAAUUACUUCGAUAACGACGAGGACGACCAAGACACUACUACCACGCACGGGUUGUUCUCCACCAGCCUCUUCGCUACGAACCCGACCUCCAAGCAUGAACUAGCAGACAGCUCCUUUUUGCAGAAAAGCGCGCACUUUUCCCGCGGGUCCAGCAGUGGCACAAGUGCCAGCACGAUGUUUCCGAGCGACGCCAGUCGGCUUACGUUCACGACUGGUGGGGACCCAACGCCGCUGGGGAGCGUCACCCCUUUCUGGGCGGCGAGUCCGGAUCACUCCAGCGCACUGAUGACGCCGGGAGCGCCUGGCGCUUCAUCUACUUUUCCGGUGGACUGUAGAAGUCACAGUUCAACACGGGAGUGCUGCUCAAGACUUUUUGCUGCGAUGGUGGCGUCGUGCUGUCUGGCUCGCGACGAACAACAAGCGUGGCGGAACAAAGAACUACUACAUGAACAACAACUCCUGGAGCAGCAGCAGCAGCACAUGUUCUGGGCGAAGCACUGCAGUCAGUCGCUGCAGCAGCUGCGACGGAACAUCAACCCUUCGUGUGGAGGUCCGCAGCAGAUCGUGGAGUGUCAGAUUACGAUCAACACGAGCGUUUUGCCGGAUGAAGGACAAAGAGACAAAUCUUGUGGAAGCAUUAUUUCCGAUUGCAGCAGUCGCAGUCCGGGAACAACAACUAAAAGGGCAUCGGCAGCAGGUUCAUCCGGGUCAGCAGAACAUCCAGUUGGUUCUUCCCCGAACAUCAAAAGAAGCCAAGUACUCCGCGUCCGCCCCGCCACGCGCGCCACUUUGACCGUCGCCGAGCACCAGGAGAUGCUGGCCCGGGCGUUGGAGCAGUGGGCAGAGGAAAAUCCGGACUUUGAGGUCUGGACCGCCCACGUACCCGAGGACAGGCUUUGCUCGAUCUGCAAAAGCGCGCGCGGAUGGUGCCAGUGCAGCAAGAAGCAAGGGGCAGGAGCAGCGCCAGGACAAAUCUGCAUCUCUCCACCGGAUAAUGAGGAAGGUACUACUACUACUACUGGCAGUAGUACUGCUUGUCGUGCUUUUCUUGCAGGUGGAGCUGUCGGAGCAGAAGAUCAGGAACGAAAGAGCGACACGAAAGUAUGUCACCACAGAAUUCCGCCACGCUGGCCGCGACAUCUGGCAGAAGAUCACUCUGAUGAAGAUGAUGAGCCGUUUUUAAAAGCCAUUUUGCAGGAGAAAAGAAGUGCAACAUCACCUUCAGAACAUCAAAUGCUUGUUGUGCCAGCAGAUGUACAACAUGAUACGGCCCCCGCAACCUCCACGACUGGAGCAGCUGCACCAGCAGCCCUGACUAUGCUCGGCGAUAUGUUGCUGUCGGUCUGGGAGUUCUAUUACGGAGCGGACCCAGACCUCCCCUCCCCGUCCAGCAGGGGCGGCACGCGGUGGAACAGAAGAAACUUCAGCUUUUCAUCAGACACCGCGGAAGUGAGUGAAAAUGAUCAACACAUCAAUGGUAUAAUGAGCGGACUACAGAAUGUUGACAGUAAUUACCGGAACCUCUACGUAAAUUGGGUUUAGCGAAAAUUGGAUGGCCAGACGAAGAAGUAACACGAAUUGCUUGCCGCAAUAGAUAAAUUCACUUCUCAUCUCAAUUUACUGCUUAUUUCGUGUGAUGUUGUCCACCGUGCCGUCCUUUUGCAACUUUCAUGCUCGCUGGUACUGCGGUGCCGGGCCGCCGACUGCGGAGGAGUUGGAACGCCAGCGGAGCGUGCGAUUAGUGAACAACUCCGGAAGAGGCCGCGGAUUGAGUUUUUUGUAGAGUAAAUCCACAGAAACAGGAAGAGAAGGCGUUUGUAAUAAGUACUUACUUGUUACAUCAUUGUUGGGCGAGUAGGGAAAGUAUAACGAAAAGCGCAAAUGGAGAAGUCACAGUCACUGUCACGGCCUCAUAAAUCUCACAGAGUGCAGCCUCUUGAGGAUUUUAUUUUCCCCGGUCAUUGCUGUCAAAGUUAAAGCGAACCUCGGAUCUGCUCGAGCUGUAAUUUUGUCAAGUUUGAAAAAUGCACCUGAAGCGAAGAAAUACUGUUCGUUGACCUAGUAGAGCACUGUAGAC